AUGAUUAUUCGUAUCCUCGGUCUACGCUUGGCACUUUUUCGAUCUCACUCGAAUAUUGCUGAUCUCUUAUGUUUACUAACUAUGGUUGUACUACUUGGUUCAAGAUACGUCACGGAAGAGAACGAACAGUGGCUUUGUCUUGGUUAUUUGACAAUUGUAGCGCUUCGACUGAUUCUCAAACCACGAGCACGCACAUUUUCCAAGAAAUUGCACAAGUUUCGUACAAAUGGUGACCAUAUUCGAGUCAGCAUUGAAUCACUACGAGCUUCACUUGCACGGAUUCCAGGCAUCUCGGCCAUUGCCAUUGAGAUGAUGGAGACUGAUCUUGUCAUUAUUUGCGGACGAGAUGAAGGCGACAUGACACGUGACGAACUCAUGAACUUUUUGGAACGUACACUGCACUAUCGUCCACCAAAUCUCUCAGCAACGGAAUUUCUGUCCCACUUGCGUGACAUCGACGCCUCGUCGUCCACGCUGGCCUAUGGUAUUUCCGAUGUUGUUCGGAGUACAUUGUGGCACUGGUCCACGCAAAUGGCUGACCUUAUCUUUUGCUUCUUUGUGGUAUGCAUCAAUGCCUCGGUAAGCCCGGCGCUGGCUAUUUAUCUGGCCAAGUUAUCGGAUGCUUUUGACACACUGGACUCGGGCAGUCCAAACGAGGCUAUGCUCAAGUUUGGUGUUGUGGGUGUGUUAGUAUUAUGUGUACCCUUCGUGCUGGGUGAUUACGCUGUCGGGUAUUUCCAGUCCAAAAUGAUUUCCAAGGCCACGGAGUCGAUGCAGUCCGAAUUGCUUAACAUUAUUCUUCGCCAGGACACGCGAUUCUUUGCAGAGCGUUCGGAAGGUGAUCUCAACAAUCUGUUUUCGAGUGAUGUCGCGCGUGUGAACGCGCUGUGGCAGGCUGUAUUUUGGAAUCUGCUAAACCCGCUGCUGGCUGUGAUUUUUGGUUUUGGCUACGCGUUGUAUAUGGACGUCAGCAUCGGCAUCAUGUCGUUUGCAUUUACUGCAGUGUUGCUUUCGAGUGGUCCGCAGGGAUUUGCAGCUCAGCGAUCGAAAGAAUUUGGAUCUAGAAACGCGUACGUCGCUGCCGAGUUUCAAAAUGCUGUCGGCUGCGAAAAGGUUGUGCGUGCUUACGCUAUUCAGGACCCACUCAUUGCUCGUUUUAAGAAAACGUGCGCGUCACUGCGGAAGAGUCAGUUUUCGAAGGACUUCUGGUCGAGCAUUGUGCAGAUUUACAUUGAGUCAGCAAUGUACAUUUUUGUGGCUAUCAUGACAGCCUCACUGGCCAUGAAGGUGUGGCACAAGGAAUUGUCAUCAGGUGAAUUCUUUGGAUUUAUCACAUUGUUAAGUCGUGUUUCGAACCCUGUCACGGUUCUCGGUGGUUUCAUGCGUGUCGCUAUCGGCAAUGCGAGCAGUUUACAGCGUGUGGAUGACGUGAUUGUAGGCUUGGGAUCGAGCACUGGUGAGGACAAUAGUGAUAAGGAUUUGCCUCCGCUUCCUAAGAUGGAGCAGGAUCUUCGUAUUGAGAAACUUGUGUUCAAGUACGAUAAGGCAUCUGAAAAUUACAUUUUGAAUGAAUUGACUGCGGCUAUUCCUCGUGGAUCCUACACGUGCGUUGUUGGACCGUCUGGUUGUGGAAAGAGUACGCUGUUAGCGUGCUUGAUGCAGUUUCAAGAAGCUGAUGGUGGUUGUAUCCGCCUGGACGGCCAUGACAUUUUCAAUUUCUCGAAGAAAUCGUUUAUGGAUCAGACUGCGGUUGUCUUCCAGGAUGGAGGUAUUCUCAACGGUACUAUCUACGACAAUAUCCGUUACGGCAACAUUAAUGGUUCCAAUGCCGACUGCGAAGAGGCUGCCCGUCUUGCUGAGUGUCACUUCAUUAAAGAACUUAAGGACGGUUUUGAGACGGUGGUGGGUCAGCAUGCAACGUGCAACUUGAGUGGUGGCCAGGCACAACGUAUUUGUUUGGCGCGUGCACUUUGCCGUCGCCCAAGCCUGCUGUUGCUCGAUGAGGCUACGAGCGCUUUGGAUCCGGAGACCGAAGCGUCGAUUGUGUCUACACUGGAGCGCCUGUCGGGCAAGAUGAACAUGACUAUUAUCUCGGUGACGCAUCGUUUAUCCACGGCUGUUAAUGCCGACCAGAUUCUUGUGCUCAAUGCAGGACGUGUAGCAGAAGAGGGUCGUUAUGAUGCUUUGGUGCAGAAGGGUGGCCUAUUCUUUGAGAUGGUUCACAAGGUGGAUAAACCUGAAGAAGAGGCAAUUUCUGUCCCCGUUGAGACAGAUAUGGUAUCAAUGGCUAAAAGCCGUUGUCGUGGCGUAGGACCACGUAGAAACACGGACAUGAGGACUACUGGGGAGGAACCGAAGCAGAUGCAAGAGAGCGCGUUGGCAUUGCAGCAGUUCACAAAGACUCUGAGCUCGCGUGUGGUGCACGACGCUGGUGAAAAUAGUCGCCCAGCCGCACGGAUGGUAUCCAGUGGUAUCCUAGCCAUGACAAUCGGGGAGCGGCGUCGUCAGCUGCCAGCGAGGAAGAGCGUAACAAAUAGGCUAGCUGCACUGAUAGCUACAAGAUCCGCCUGUUCCAGAGUCGUUUUGCAAGAUAGUUUUGAUCAAUCUAGCGGUGAUAGCUUCUUCAUAGAAGGACGCGACGAGAAGGCCUUGCGAGCCCAGAUUCGGCGGACAGAAAAAUGCAUUUUAAUGUGA